GGGCGAGACAGAGUGACGUCGACGCGCGUGCGGACGCAAGGAGGUCCUGCUCAGUCGUCAGGGCCCGGCCAAUCCAGAGGGCGCUCGCCGCGGGGGCGGGGACCAGGAUCGCGCUUGGCCUGCAGUGCGCAGAGGACGCGGCGGGAGCAUGUACAGGCUCCUCACCCGGAGUCUGGGCCGAGGCCUCCUGCGGGCCGCGGGGCGGCGGUACCGGGGCUGCUCCGCGCGCCUGCUCCCUGGGCUGGCAGGAGGCCCGAGGCCCGAGGUGCAGGUGCCGCCAUCCCGAGUCGCGCCGCACGGCCGGGGCCCAGGCCUGCUGCCGCUGCUGGCAGCGCUCGCCUGGUUCUCGAGGCCCGCUGCGGCAGAGGAGGAGGAGGAGCAGCAGGGAGCCGACGGGGCCGCCGCCGAGGACGAGGCGGACAAAGCCGAGGCCGAGAUCAUCCGGCUGCUGAAGCGAGCCAAGUUGAGCAUCAUGAAAGAUGAGCCAGAAGAGGCUGAGUUAAUUUUGCAUGACGCUCUUCGCCUCGCCUAUCAGACUGAUAACAAGAAGGCCAUCACUUACACUUAUGAUCUGAUGGCCAACUUAGCAUUUAUACGGGGUCAGCUUGAAAAUGCUGAGCAACUUUUUAAAGCAACAAUGAGUUACCUCCUUGGAGGGGGCAUGAAGCAGGAGGACAAUGCCAUAAUUGAAAUUUCCCUAAAGCUGGCUAGUAUCUAUGCUGCGCAGAAUAGACAGGAAUUUGCUAUUGCUGGCUAUGAAUUCUGCAUUUCAACUCUAGAGGAAAAAAUUGAAAGAGAAAAGGAAUUAGCAGAAGACAUUAUGUCAGACCAUGGUUGACUGCAGAUAACUGAAACCCCAGAAAACUGUGGAUUAGGAGGGAUCACUGUACACCAAUUUUUUUGUUUUCAUCACUCCACUGAAGCUACCUUUAUCAAAGUCACCAAAUCCAAUGGUUAUUUGUCAAUCCUUAAUUUACUCAUCAGCAUUUUUAACUUAGGGGGUCACUGUCUCCUACUGAAAAUACUUUCACUUGGCUUCUGGGAUGCCUCAGUGGUCUCUCCAGUGAGGUGAACAGACUUCCCUACCUCUUAAUGUUGGCAGGCUUUAGGGUUGUUUUCAGUCCUAUUCUCUUUUCUCUCUGCCCCCACACCUAGGAGAUACCUUUUAGUUCCAUACUUUUAAAUAUUACAUUUACACCUUCAGCCCCAACUUGCCCCCAAAUGGCAGACUUAUGAUUAUGAUUGCCUACCCGACAUCUUGACUUGAAGUCUAAUGGUCAUCUCAUACUUCCCAUGUCCAAAAUAGAUCUUUUCAGUUUUGCUGCUCACAACUUGUUUCUUCACCAGUCAGCCCCAGAUUUGUAAAUGGCACACUACUCAUUUAGUUGCUUUGGCCAAGAACCUAAGAAUUGUCCAUGAUUUCUUCCUCAUUCCUCGUAUCUAAUCCAUCAGCAAGUUAUAUUGGAUCAGCCAUCAAAAUAUAUCCAUACUGACCACAUCUCAUCCCAUUACCCUACUGCUUUGGUCCAGGCCAUCACUGUUUCAAGACCUCAGUACCUUUGUAUCACCUUUAGAAUAAAUUUAGAAUCCCUGCGUGGACCUGUAAGGCGCUUAUGACCUGGGCCCACCCACCUCUUCCACGCCAUCUGCUGCUCUCCCCUCGCUUGUUCCAGUCUCACCACACUGGUCUUAUUCUGGCACAUUCCAAGUUCAGUGCCGCCUCAAGGCCUCUUUGCUUGAUAUUCCCUCUACCUAGACUGUUCUCUCUUACCUUUUCCUGGCCAACUCCCGUACUUCACUCAGGUCUCUGCUCAAAUAGCACUUCCUCAGAGUCCUCUCCUCACUAAAAUUAUCAUCUCUUCCCACCUUACUAUUGCUCUACUCCUCCUUCCUUUACUUUUCUUCAUCACACUUGAAAGUAGAGGUGUGUGUGUUGUGUGCUUGUGUUUGUUUCUCCACUAAAAGUAUGUUUUUGUUUAAAAAUUUUUAGUCUUUGUCUUCCUUAUCAAAGAAGGAUAGAGACUUCAUCCAUUAUGCUCACUGCUAAAUCCUCGGUGCCUAGAACAGUGCCUGGCACAUAAUAGAGGCCCAAUAAUUACUGAAUGAAAGAACAAAAGACCCAAGAAAGACCAACAAGUAAAUCCAGUUUCAGUGCAGUGUGGAAGUGCUUUGAGGAAAUCCACAAGAGGUGUAAAAACAAGUCUAGCUGUCAAGUAAGUCACUUCUGAACUAUUUACACCUUUGCUAUCUUUCUAUGGUUUCUUAGGAGUGUAAAGCUGUAUUUCCUGACUCAAAAAGUAAUUCCAGUAAACACUGAAGAAGACUGAGAAAAGCACUAAGAAGUAAAGAUCAUCUAUAAUCAUACUACUAAGAAAAAGCUACUGUUUUUACUACGGCUUUUCAGGUUACAUUUGAAGACAUAAAUUUGGGAUGAUACUGUAUAUCCCACUUUGUAACCUGAGUUUUAAAAAUUUAGUAACAUAUUGUGAAAACACUUUUUUUUUUUUCCCCAGGCAAAGGAAUUCUUGUUGGAUAGAGCAAACUAAUCUCUAUUAUAAAUAUUAUUUUUACAUUUUACUAGGUGUGCGGUAUAGAAAAUGUGUUACAUGAUUCUUCAUCUUAUUUUUUCUAGAAAAGAAAUAAAUUCCUACUUAUUCAGUUUUGCACAAAGCAAAUCCAUUAUCAAAUUUAUGUGCUUUUUAUUGACACAACUAUCUCUAUCCCAGGAGAGCAUUACUUAAUUACGUAAAAUUACAUUACUUACAUAAAACCUUGCUCUAGGGUAAUUAUUUUGUUACCUAUGUUGUAAAUAUAUAUAUACUUACUGAGGAAAUGCCCAUAAAAAAUUAAGUGAAAACUUUGGUUACAAAACAGUAUAGUUAGUAUGUAGACUAAUGAUAGGAAUGGAACAAAGGCUUAAUGAUAGAUAUCAAAAUAUAGGCAGUGAUUCUCUUUGGUUGGUAGGUUUAUAGGGAAUUUAUAUUUUAUUUGUGUUUCUCUGAGUAUUCUAUAAUUUUGCACAAAUUUAUAUUUUUCUUUUUAAUUUCCAAUGUUAUCUAUUAGUAUAAAAAGUCAAAUAAUAUUAAUAGUACAAAGCUUAAUUUAAGAGAGCAUUUUCUUGCUACCUCACCCCACCCCAUCU